CUCUUCCUCCCGACAACCCCCCCAAGCCCUUCUUGCCACCGACUCAUUUUGAGAAAAAUUGGUGACCAAGCUUGGGAUUUUCUCUUUCUUUUCUUGUUCUUGAACCCAGAAAUCCCCCCCCCCUCUGCUGGAAAUCCCAGAUCUGCUCUGUUCCUCCCCUGCAGCCGGCAAGAGCCCCAGCCACCGCCACCCAUUUCCGGUCGGGAACACCGGCAAAGCUUGGGGAUUUCUCCCUAUUUUCUUGUUCUAGAACAGCCACUAAACCAGAAUUUCCAGAUCUGUUCUGCUCUGCGUCGUCCUCCCUUUGCUGUCCGCGAGUUCUGCUAUGUGGGUUUGAGUUUCUGGGCAUUUUCGGGUAAGCCACAGCCAUAAACUUCAUCUUUCAGCUUGAUUUAGGCUGGGUUUACCUUAAUUGCUUUAUCCCCUUCCAAUUUUGAGGUAGCCGUGAGUUUCCCCUGCAGAUGCCGCCGGCUUCUUCUCCCUGCCAGCUCCGGUUUGCUUGCUCGAAUUCUGGUUUUGAUCGUUUUGUCACCGUAGCACUUGGGUUAGCCUUCUGUUCUGUGCGAGUAAGGUAAGUAAAUCAUGGUAAAGCCCUUCGAUUUUAAAGCAUGUUUUAAACUGUUUUUGAGAUGGUGGCAAGGUUUAACUUGAUUUUUAAUUGAUUUUAUCUGCAUCUGAGUGUGAUUAAACUGAAAUGAGAAUUUUGAUGAUUUUCAUGAAAAUUAUUGUUUUCUGGAAGUGAGCAUGAUUGGAAUGAAAAAGUGAGAAUUUCAUUGUUUUUCUGGAGUUAUUGUGCCGAGCAUGAUUGGUUUGAAAUUGAGUGGAGCAUGCCUAUUUGGAACUGAUUGAACUGUUUUGAUUAAUUGAGAGUUUUGUAAAUUAUGAUUUUCUGUUAAAUCCAUGCCCACAUGGAAUGUUCUGGUUAUUUAUGAAAUUAUGGAUUUCGAUCGUGAAUUUGGGACUUCGAUUGUGAAUUACGGAUUUUGAUUGUGAAUCUUGCAUGGUUAUGUCUCUGAUAUAGUCAUGAUUUCCGAUCCUCGCUAGUGGGUGUGUAGCACAUCCGAUCCCCGCUAGUGGGUGUAACGCUAGCACUUCCGAUCCCCGCUAGUGGGUGUGUAGCACAUCCGAUCCCCGCUAGUGGGUGUAACGCUAGCACUUCCGAUCCCCGCUAGUGGGUGUAAUGCUAGCACAUGUCGACAUGUUUACUGAUAUGACCGGUUCAUUCUGACGCCUGCCUCUGGGCGAAUACAUUGGCAAAUUUCUAUCGCCUGCCAGUGGGUUGUUAUAACACUGGCCAUGACUUAUAGAUGAGACUACUGAUGAGAUUUAUUCUGCAUGAACGGUUUGUCAUGAAACACUGUUAUUGAACUGAACGGGACUUUGCAUUAACG